AUGGCGGACCAAAAAAAGGUUUUAUUAAUAGGCGAAAUUAAUGUCUACGAUCUUAAUUACGAUAAAUUAAUUGAGUUCAUUGAGAAGUUGAACAACAAUUUAAUAGCAGAACAACAGGGUCGGUCAUUGAUUCAAAUUGAUCGCGAUCAGUUAAAUGUAUUCUGGAAGAUCUCUAGAGAAAAAUUAAUGAAACUUACGUCAGACAUGACUAACAUACAAAAAACGGCCGAAGAAAAUACAAGUAAAAUAAAUGAGCUUGAAAAAAGCCUUCGCCAACAGCGUAUGCAUUUUAUCUACGAAAACAGUCAAAAUUUGGAUAGAAUACGCCUGGAAAACGAAGAAGUCGCAAGAGCACUGCACGCGGAAUGCAAAAAGCAAACGAACGAGAUGUUUAAAUUGAAUUCGUCACUUCAGGACAUCAUCAGAAAUAAGGAUUUACAACAAAGAGACGAAAUAAAAAAUACCCAAUUAGUGUACGUGAAAAAUUUAGACGAUAAAACGGGACUACUAAAAGAGCAAAUGGCUCAGGUUUUGAACCGGAUGGAAGAAAACACAAACAACGUAUUCCGCGAAAUCGGGACAAAACACGUUUUAGAAGUAGAAAAACAUCAAAGUAUCCACGAUGGUAAUAUUAGAACGACUAUUGAAAAAUACAACGAAGAGAUUGAAAAUUUAAAAAUGUUUUACAACGAUAAACGCGAAAAAGAAUUAGCAAUAAUAAAAUACUUAACGGAAAAACUGCAGGAAGUUUUAAACAAUAACAAUUACUUAAAAACACACAUGUCAUCUCUUAAAAAGAAAAAUAUAAAGCUCAACGACGAUUAUACAGAAAAUGAAAAAAGAAACCAAUACUUGGAACAAAAAAUUAAAGGCUACAUCAAUUGUCUAAAAAAAUCUGAAAAUAUUAUGAAGGAACUAAAGAAAUACAAAGCUUUAUUUCAACUUAAAUGUGACGAAAACGAGUUACUAGAAAAUGAUAACAAUGAAAUGAUGGAAGGCUUCAAAAAAUACGAUGAUUACUUUAUAAAUGUGCUUCUAGACAUACAAAGCAGCACGGUGGAUAGACAUAUUAAUAAAUGUCAGAAAAAAAAAAUUAUUAAUAAAAAAAAAAAAACGCGUAAAGGAUUUUAA